AUGUCAUUACAUACAUUCUUCCUUCCAUCCACGCGUCCAUCCAAUCCUUUUAAAGAUGACGACAGACGGACGCAGGAAUUUGUGUUAACUGAUACGCCUUCUACCCCGUGGAUGUGUCAUGCCAUACCAUAUCAUGAAAAACAUGGUACACAUCCACCCCAGUUAGUCGAUGGAUUACCUCUUCCCUGGCCCUGGCCGAGGCCGUGGCCGUGCACUUUCUCGACCCACGCGCUGGGAGGGUACGGCGAUAUACCCAAGCGCACCAAUGGGAUGGUAAUCCCAGUUCGCUGGCACGGCAAAGCGAUGGUGCUGUUAAGCUACAUCUUCCAUCCGUACUACAUCCUUCUGGAUGGGCGGGUUAAAGAUUAA